UCUGAGCUUGUGAACCAUGCCAAGGUUGUGCUUUUACUUGGAUAGAAGUGCAAAUGGAUUUCACAAUGUGCAUAUGAAAGAAAUCAGUGUUUGCAUGGUUGCGACCAAAGACUGUUAGUCUUUUUCUCUCUUUCUCUUUUUCUUUCUUUCUGUCUUCUUCACUCUGUCGUUACCUCAGAUAGACCUCUUUCUGCUGUUUACUGGAAAAUUCAGAGCUGCUCCUGACUGGGAAUAGGCCUUUUUCCGACCAAGCUUCCAGGAGGAGAAGCAGAAAGCAACAGUUUCAGAAAAGUGGAUAAAAUGAGGGAGCCAGAGAGAGGGGAGCAGCCUGCAGAAGCAAUGCCCCCGAAAUUCAAACGACACCUCAACGAUGAUGAGGUCACGGGUUCGAUUCGAAGCGAAAGGAGGAAUCUCCUUGAGGAAGACUCUGAUGAGGAAGAGGACUUCUUCCUGAGGGGACCAAGUGGACCAAAAUUUGGACCCAAAAAUGACAAAAUCAGACAAGUGCAGACCCAAGUGGAUGAGGUGAUCGAUGUCAUGCAGGAGAACAUCUCCAAAGUCAUCGAGAGAGGGGAGCGCCUGGAUGACCUUCAGGAUAAGUCAGAGAGCCUUUCGGAUAAUGCCUCAGCCUUCAGCAGUCGAGCCAAACAUCUGCACAGGAGGAUGUGGUGGAGGGACAUGAAGAUGAAAGCAAUAAUCGCACUGGUAGUCGUGAUUCUGCUGCUCAUCAUCAUCAUUCCUGUUAUUCUUCAGUACCACUAGCACCUGCCGGAGAGGGUGGUGGAGCGUGUCAUGCAGGAAACUGACACCUCCAGUCCUCCCCCACCCUUCUUCCCUCCUCCAUUCAGCCGCCCCCCCCCCCACCAAAACCAAGUAGGGGCUUUGCCCUAUCGCAGGAGAUUGCCAGACAGCGCUGUGCCAGUCUCAAGACAGGGUGGCACAGGGCUAGUCUGGGAGAGUUGGGUUUACAUGUUAACUCUUCAUGUCUUAAAUAGCCAAGCGAGUGGAGCAAAUGCACGACGCCUCUUGCAGCUGCUUCACAAAGAGAAGCGUUGCAGUAUGUUGACAGUUACGGCCCCUGCUCUCCGACAGCACAGCAAGCUGGGCAAGAAACUACCCUCAUCCAUUGUCUACAAUGCCAGGCCCAUACCGUACAGUGAACAGCAUCUACAUAGAACGAAAGGGAGAGCAGUCGAUGCUUACCCAGCGUUAACCCACUCCGUCCCCAUUCUCAAAAAUAAGUAAGGAUCCAUCCGUUCUUCAGUGUAUUAGGCCUCACACUAGGUUGUUAGAGUAGCUCCCUACCCUCUCCUGGGUAGUAUUAGUAGUUAACUUUUCUGAUAUGCUUGCAAGUUGUUAAUGUGAUGUCUGGCACACAGACCAAUAAGUAUAGGCACUGAAGGAACAUUCAUUCAGGAAAUAUGUGAAGUUAUCCGGAUGCUUGGCGAUCCCCUUGGUUAAAAUGGCAGUGUGCUCAUUUUCUGCUUAUUUUAAAUGUUUUGGUGAGUAUGUGCUAUGGUUCACUUGGACAAAAGUGACACUGUUUGCUGCUAUUGCCUUGUGGAAGGUAAAGGAAGUUUUCUUUCUUAGACUAUUUGGGCUGUAUAUCUGCAGAAUCUGUUGUAUGUUAUGUAUUUCUGUUGUCAAAAAGGGGAA